AUGGCAGUUUGGGUAGCUACCACCGGGUCAGACAUACCAGAGGGGGCAAUAAGAGGUGGAUAUGAAGCAGAUGGUAGACCACUUUUUAUUGCCAGGGCAAAAAUUGGUGACACUAUGACGCCUGGAAAAUGUGGAUUUCACCUUCCUGGGGCCCAUAUUCCAUAUGACAUGAAUGAAAAAAUAAUAAAUAAAUACGAUGUCUUGGUUUACCCCCUGAAAAAUUCUGGGUUUUUAGAUUGGCAGACGGCUUCACAGGGCAAUGUGCCACCAAAUGCAUACAUGACGGACCGUGAAACCUAUGUUGGUAGAGCGGUCUAUCAAGGAAGUUUAGUGCCAGGAAAAAUUGCUACUGGUCACCGUCAUAGGUGCGCAUACAUUAGUUAUGGAGGGAAGGAAAUCAGUUUUAAGGAUAUGAGGUCCUGUGUCAGAUGA